AUGAACAUCACGCUGGAUAACGUCAUACUCUCAAACUCCGAAGGAACCAUCUUUGAGAAGAGACCCGAGAUAUACGUCCACGGCACCCAAAUAAAGGGUAUGAGGAUGAGCAACGAGGUGAUAGAGAAGAUUCAGGAGCCUCGUAACAACGAGAACAGAAGGGAUAACAGGGCGAGAAACAACCAAGGCAAUAACAAGGGCUACAACAACAAUAACAACAAUAGAAGAAGAAACUACAACAAUCAGGAUGAAAGAAGACAAAGGGGCGGCAGAGACCAAAGGCAGCAGCACUGA